UUGUCAAUUCAAUACAGAGAAAAUUUCCACAAUCCCUUCUGUCUUCUUUCAAACUCUUGGCAACUUAUUCCAUUCUUCCAUUAAAUCUGUUAUCCUCUUUCGCCAUCUCCAAAGUUAGCAAGGAAAAUCUGCAUAAGUUUUCAUCGAUAUAUGACAACAUCCAUUCUUUUGCAAAGUUCAACAAGUAUAAGCCAUGCCUGCUGGUCCCGUUACAGGUAUCAUAGUAUCUCUUUAUACCCUAUUUUUAGCUUUAAAAUCUUGAAAAAUAAGGAUGUUAGCAGCUUUGGAGAUCAUCAUAAUAGCUUGUCAUUUCUUGGAUCCAGAAAAGGACUUUUAACAAGUGACAAAAUUAAAAGGAAGUUUGUGGUGAGCAGCAAUGGUCAACCAGGAGGUCCCUUACCUUCUCCACCCUCUUCAAAUCCCUUUAAUGGCUGGCUGAUAGGAAUUCUGCUAUCAAUAAUUUUACCCUUCUUCCGCAACAAAUGGGGGUCAUUAUUGCAACUUAAAAAUACGGUGGAAGAUGUAAUAGAAACAGUAGAAGAAGUAGAAGAAGUAGUAGAGGAUGUGGAGAAUGUGGCUGAGAAAGUAGACAAAGUGGCUGAAGAAAUUGGGAAAGAUUUGCCAGAAGGCCAACUCAAAGAUACUCUCAAAGCUGUAGAAAAUUUCUCAGAAGAAACAGCCAAGUUUGCUCUUGCAGCUGGAGAUAUUAUUGAUAAGGUACAAGACGUGGAGCUUAUAGCUGAGAAUAGAGUGAAGUCGUUGGUCGAAUCCGUCACAGAUGAAGUCAAUAAGUCUACAAUAUCUAAAAUAGAAAAUAUUCUAGAUAUAAACUCAAAGAAAUAACUCAAUUAAUAUAUAGGAUAAUCUGCGACCAAAUUCUUGUGUAAGUAACUCCAUAUAUUCUCAUGUACUUCUUGAUCACAUUAAGAUUUAUUUUGCUUUCUUUAUGUUC